UAACAUUGACAAAAAACAACAAGAUGAUAGAGGCAAACAAGCCUUCUAUUGCCAAUAAAAUUCUAGUUUUAAGAAUUCGUUGAAUAUUCCUUCACCUUCGCUCAAAUCAAGAAGGAAUGGGCUUUAGGUGGUUUCUUGUGUCAACACCAAUCUACCAUACCAAGAAAAGAUAAAGACAAGCAGGCGGCUUUAGACUUUAGUUUGGUCGGGUAUAGCGAGUAGUGGCCGUGGCACGAAGAAGCUAAUGUAGGUUAAAGCCGGACUGGUUGUGUUUGUUUGUUUAAUGUGACUGUGUAAAUGUCAAAACCGGAGAAAUGCCGAGAAAGUUAUUGAAAUUUUUGAUUCUGUUUGAUAAUACUUCGCUACUGUACUUCCCAGGACAAUUCCUUUCUGGGAGGGUCCUGGUUGAACUUCAAGAUGACACACCCGCGUUAGGACUACAUUUCCAUGUAGUUGGAGAGGGUGUCGUCAGGGUCCGAACUCCCCGACAAGAAAGGGUUUACGACAAAGAAAACUACAUCGAUUUCCGGAUGAGGCUACUUGGUGAACCCGGUCAGGGUCCUUCAGUACUGUCUCCAGGAAUACAUAGUUUUCCAUUUAAAUUAGGUCUACCCUUAGGAUUACCUUCGACGUUCUUAGGAAAGCACGGUUGGGUUCAGUACUAUUGCAAAACAGCCCUUAGGGAGUCAAGCGGACUUACACAUAAAAAUCAGCAAGUUUUUAUAGUCAUGAGUCCAAUUGAUUUGAAUUUAGAACCAGCUGUAUUAGGGACCAUUUCGGGACAGGAAACUUUCCGGUGUGAAGUAGAACAUAAAUUUGGAGUUAGCUGCGUUGGGUCUGGAGCUGUAGUUUGCAAAGUUACCUUGGACAGAGGGGGAUAUGUGCCAGGAGAAAGUAUAGGUGUCUCAGCGAGUGUAUCAAAUAGAAGUAGGUUAACUAUUAAAAGUACCAAAGCAGCGUUAACAGAGACAAUCACUUACAUGGCCAGAGGGAAAGUAGUUCAAACAGAAAAAAGAGAACUGGCGGUACUUACUAGGGGGAAAAUUAGACCGGGAGAGACGGACAGAUGGGACAAUGAACAACUCUAUAUUGUUCCUUUGCCUCCUACGAAUUUAAGAGGGUGCCAUUUAAUUAAAAUUAAUUAUGACGUAUUUUUCAUAGUAGAGCCAAGCGGACUGCAAAAAGAUGUAAAACUACAACUUCCAAUAGUGAUGGCUACUUAUCCACUAAGGUCGUCUGACGAUGAAAAUGGAAACAAAUCCGGCACGCAUUAUCCUUCGACCCUUCCAAUAUUCAGACCAUGGUUGGAGGAUAAGUCCCAAGAUUGAUCAUGCAAUUAAGGAAACUAACCACUAUUAAUGAUCUAAGUGUAUAAUUUUCUAAUCCAUGCCAUAAACUCUAAUCAUAAUAUAGUUAAACCCCAGAUAAUUAUGGCUGUCGUCGCGGAUGAAUGCUGAACUACGGAAUGGAAUGAGGAACUUUACAGGAAUGCUGAUGACAUUUAUAUAAGACUAUAUAAUAUACAUGGAAAUAUAAAAGUAAUAUUAAC